GCACUCCUUUCCCACAGCCACCGAGGACCGCUGGGGCAGAAGGGCCCCUCGACGGCGUCCCCCACGGCGUUGCCUCCGCCCGGACGCUGCCCUCCGGCGCCCCCGCUGCAGGGCGAGGGCUUCUCGGUGGCGGCCCCCGCCAAGCCCACCGCCGGCCGGGCCAUGAAGCUUCAGGCGGUGAUGGAGAACCUGCAGAGGCAACAGAGAGCCCGGCUCCAGCAGGAAAUGGAGUCGCGCCAGCCUCCGCCGGCCGAUCCGCCGGGCGCGCUUCCGGUUCCUGCCGCGGCCACGGCCUUCUCCCGCGGCCGUAGCCAGGAGCCCGCCGCCACCGAGGAGGCAGGGGAACCGGAGAGUGCCCGGAUCCAGCGGGCGCAGAUGGCGGCGCUGGCGGCCAUGCGGGAGGCGGCUGCCGGCCUGAGCCAGUCGUCGAGCCCUGGCCCGUCAGAGGCCAGUCGCGGCUCAGUGGAGGAGGAAGAAGAGGAGGAGGAGGACGAGGAAGACGAUGGAGGGGUGUUCCCGCGGGAAACGGUCUCCGAAGACGAGGAGAUGAAAGCCAAAUGGGCCGACGAGGAAUUCGACGAAGACCUUGGCGAGGAGGAAGAGGACGAUUACGACGAAGACGAGGAGAUGGCGGAGGAGGAAGGGGUCCCCAUGUCCGGGGAGGCUGCCCGCUCGAGCCCCGGCCCCCCGCUUCUCCGCAAGCAGCAGCCCAACUUGCCCUACAAAGGGGAGACGUCUAGGCUGGCCGGGGGUCCCGACAGACUUUCGGCCUCACUGCCCCACCUGUCGCAGGUGCCGACCCAACCCCUGGACCACGGCGACUGGACCUACGAGGAACAGUUCAAGCAGUUGUACGAACUCGAUGGAGACCCGAAAAGGAAGGAAUUUCUGGACGACCUCUUCAGCUUCAUGCAGAAGCGAGGGACGCCGGUCAACCGCAUCCCCAUCAUGGCCAAGCAGGUCCUCGAUCUGUACAUGCUCUAUGUCCUGGUGACCGAGAAGGGCGGCUUGGUGGAAGUGAUCAACAAGAAGCUCUGGCGGGAAAUCACCAAGGGGCUGAACCUGCCCACGUCCAUCACCAGCGCGGCCUUCACCUUGCGCACUCAGUACAUGAAGUAUUUGUACCCCUACGAGUGUGAGAAGAGAGGUCUGAGCAACCCCAAUGAGUUGCAAGCCGCCAUUGACAGCAACCGCCGUGAGGGUCGCCGGCAAGGCUUCAGCGGCUCAAUCUUCACGUACUCGCCCAGCGGCACCCAUGGCAUGCUGUCCUCGCCCAAGCUCCAAGUGCCAACGCUGGGGUUGCCGUCGACCACUAAUGGCAGCUCCUUGGCCUCCGUCCCGAAAAUCAAAAAAGAGGAGGAGACGGCCAUCCCCAUCAGUGUGCCCGGCCGCCUGCCCGUCUCGCUGGCGGGCCACCCGGCCAUCACGGCCCAAGCCGUCCAAGCGGCGGCGGCCCAGGCGGCGGCGGUGGCUCAGGCCGCAGCGCUGGAGCACCUGCGGGAGAAGUUGGAGUCCGGGGAGCCGCCGGAGAAGAAGAUUGCUCUCGUGACGGACGAGCAGCAGCGGUUGAUGCAGAGGGCCCUCCAGCAGAAUCUUCUGGCCAUGACUGCUCAGCUCCCCAUGAGUAUCCGCAUCAACAGCCAAGGGACGCGCUCGCCAGAAAACCGCCAAGACUCCGCCAUGAAUUUGGCCACCAACGGGACGAACAGCAUCAACAUGUCGGUUGAGCUCAACGGCAUCGUUUAUACAGGUGUGUUGUUCGCCCAAACUCCAGGGCCGUCGUCCUCCCUCAGCAAAGGAAACUCCAACAGCGGCCGCGGCGGUUCGCAGGGCGCGCCGGCCGCCGCCGCCAGCACCCCGCAGACUCCUUUCCCCGCCGCGCCGAUGUCUACCUCAACCAAUUCCUCGUCGCCUUAAGGAAACCCUCCCCGCUGCUCCUCUUCGUCCUGCCAAAGUCGAAAGCCCCCUCCCGGUGACGCUCGGUUGACGAGAAAAGAUCCCCGGUUUGGACCCUUUUCCGCCUGUCUGGACGGGGAUUUCCUGGGGGCGUUUUUCCGGAGAGAGGGGAGAGAUGGACCCGCACACGCCUUGUUUGUUUCCGGGGGGCGAGGGGGGUCUUGAAGGCGCCAUCUUCUGUCCCCAAAUCCCCCCCAAAAAUAAAGGAACCUCUUUGCCAUU